AUGUUAGAAGCCGCCAAUUUGUCGUCUUAUGCGAAUUCGGGCUUGCAGAGAGGGCGUCAUGAUCUCACCUGGGAUGGAGGGCGCGUGGAGCUGACAGAAUCAUCCCCCACAGUGUGCGUUGGGAUAUGUGAUGACCCUCUUGGAUUGGAAGAUGGCAGCAUUUCUGACUCAAUGAUUACUGCUUCAAGUACACUCAAUAUUCGAACAACUGAUAAUUGCCAACCUUACAACGCUCGACUAAACCACGUAGCAGCAGACAACGAGACCGUUGGUGGGUGGUGCCCAUCGGAUAGCGACAAAGAAAGGCCCUGGCUUCAAGUUGACCUACUGCACCAGGUGCAGAUUGAAGGAGUGAUCAUACAAGGCAGCCCUGACCCCCUUAAUACCCCUGAUUGGGAUGACUGGGUGACCGAGUAUCAGGUCCAGUAUUCUGACAGUCAGACUGACUGGACUUAUGUGAGCGAACCAUCUUCAACUACAGCUCAGACAUUCCAAGGCAAUACUGAUCUCACUACACCAGUGAAAAGCUUGUUUAAGAAACCGAUCUACGCACGGUAUAUCCGCAUCAGACCAACGGCUUACCAUGUCUGGCCCUCAAUGCGAAUUGAACUUAUUGGAUGUAGAGCAUCAAUUUUCCAGAUAACAGGUUGCUCAAGUAACAUCAGUUGUUUAGCUGACGCCAAAAGCAGAUUUAUCUCAGUUUCGUGGCCUGCGUUGAACAGAUCAGCUUCACAUUUAGUAUUGCAAUACGCCAGCCAUGAGCCUGGUGACUUGUUUCCUGUAGGGAACAUCACCAAGGUAAAACACACAACGUUAAGCCAAGGAGGAAAGACGAGAUCCUGCGAUUUCUUUGUAACUGUGACUGGGGUGAACAUUACUUGCCCAGAGAAUAUCACCGUAUCUGCAAAUCUUAACAACUUCGCAUAUGUGUUUUGGAGUCCGCCCGUUCUUAGCUUCAGUGGCGUCGACCAAAGUGUCACCGUCAUUAGCGAUCAUGAUCAGGGACAACGCUUCGACAUUGGGACCACACUUGUUACAAACAGAGUUCUAGAAACGGAGUCUCAGUGUCAGUUCUCUGUAACUGUUAAAGACACCAAUCCGCCACGAUUCUUCCCUGCUUGUCCGGCUUACAUAUUUCGUCUCGUCGACAUCAGCAUCCCGUCCGUAUCUGUGUCAUGGUCAGCCUUUAAUGCAUCAGAUUCAAGCCCACCGUUGCUAUGGAACUCCAGCCAUCAACCUGGCGACGUUUUCCAAACUGGUGAGGAUACCGUGGUAACAUACGAGGUGACAGACCAAGAAGGAAAUUCAGCAUACUGUAACUUCACAGUAACAGUGACAGGUGUAGAGUUCCAAUGUCCGGCCAAUAUCACAGUGGCCACAGACACGGGUAUCAACACAACAUCUGUUUCAUGGAUGCAACCCAAGGUGACAUUCAACUCAAUGAAUGGACAAGCUUCAACCACAGAGAAUGGGAGUGGCUUUUAUGAUGAUGAGGACUAUAACUACGAUGGUGGUGAUGGUAGCAGUGACAAUCGUAUCGACGGAAGCGAUGUUUACCAACGAGACAACCGAGAGACAGGAGUUCGAUUACAAUCAGACCACCAGCCAGGAGACCUCUUCAGUAUUGGAGCUACUCAGGUGAUCUACCAAGUUCAAGAGACUGAGAUAGAAUGCCGGUUCCAUGUCAUCGUCGAGGAUGACGAACCUCCGAAGGUAUCUGGCUGUCCAGAUGACGUCAUCAUUCCUGUCACUUCAUCCUCCCAGCUGGUGACCCACUCAUGGAUUCCUCCAAUCCUUACUGACAACUCCGGCCAAGAUGUCAGAGUGACAUUCAACUGCUUACCAACCACUUUCAGUGAAUGCAACCGAGCCGGGAACGGGUCCUUUUCUGUAGGAGAUACCACGGUGAGAUACACCGCCAGGGAUAUGUCUGGGAACAGGAAUGUUUGCGCAUUCACUGUUACAGUUACAGUUGUGAAUAUUGUUUGCCCUGCGAAUAUCACCGCAUUUGCAAGUGCCGGUUCAACAACAACCAGCGUAAGCUGGUCAGAACCGGUUGUGACUGGAUGGAAGGGAGAAACCAACUUCACCUCAAACUACAGCCCUGGGAUGACGUUACCGAUAGGAACCUACCGUGUCAGCUAUCAGCAGUGGUUUGCAGAAGAUGAUUUGCCCUUGGAGUGUUUUUUCUUUGUGGUCGUGGAAGGUCAGUGUCCAGCCCACAACACCAGCGAUGGAUUGCGAUGGCCGGCGGCAGUAGCCGGAUCAGUGACCAAGUCUGUGAAGCGAUGCGCACUGACGACGGCAAAUGCUGGCCAGCCUGUUGCUGUAAGGAACUGUUUGAGGGAAAAAGCCCCCUUGUACUUUCGUUGGGAGGAGUACGCAAAUCAAAGCUGUGGUGAAGUAGAGAAAGAAGUCACUCUUGAAAACGUUGUUGAGGUGGAGGUUAGCAAGGCUAACGCAGUUGAAGUAGCUGGGUUUCUGGCCAGUCAGACGUCAAAAUCAUCUGAGGAUGCACAAGAUUUUGAAGCAGUCUCCAGCAUUUUGGAGAAUAUCGCCGAAGCAGGAUCAGGAAAUGUAAAGGUGGCCGAGCUUGUGCUUGAUACUGUCAGCAAUGUCAUCCUGACUGUGGGGAGAACUACCGAUACCGAGUCCCAACCCACCAAAAUUGAUGCCAAAAGCUCCUCCGCCAUCGUCCAGUCCGUAGAGGCCCAAAUCUCUUUGACUCUUCAGCAGGAGGGGCAGAUCAGUAUACGACAGGACUCCAUCCACGUCGAGGCGGUCAGUCUGGAUUCCACGCUGGCAACUGAAGGACUUAGUUUCGUGUCUGUGAAACAGUCCACUACACUGGAUCCCAGACAGGGACCUCUUGCUCAUACCGAUGUCAAGACAUUACAUUCCACCGUGAUACCGAAGGAUCUUGAUGUCUUAGCUUCAGCUCAAUUACCUAGCAACAUCAUUGGCUUGUUACAAUCGCCUAAUGCCAACAAAACCUCUGGCCAGCUCCAAGCAAGUUUUCUGAUCUACGCAGAUGACACCUUGUUCCAGUCUGCUUCACUCAGAAAGUACCGAGGAGAGAAUAACUCGACUCGUAAGGUCGCUGGAUCUGUCGUCUCACUGACUGUAGAAAAUGUCGAACUUAUCAAUCUCACUGAGCCUCUCGUCAUUGCAUUUAAGGUGAUUAGUGAAAUAACUUACCAGUAUAAAUUAGUAAUCAAAACGGAGGCCUUGGAGACAUUUAGUGCAUUUGUAACGGCGAAAAACGGUUUAGUAAGCGACUUUCGUUAUAAAAACUAACCACUGCAGUUAUGUCAAACACAGACCCAAAAAUCCGAAUUAAAUGGCCUUAAAGAGUAAAAUUAAGUCAAAGCAAUACAUGUACACUGUAAAAAACUUAACAGCUGCCAAAAGUUAACAGGUUAAAGUUAUAAGAUCCUUACGCUGCGUGUACGAAAAUUGUGGUAAGAAAAGUCAUUAACCUGGGGAAACUAACUUAGUUAUAAAGGACUAAAUAAUAAAAGGAAUUAAACUCCACAUUAUAACCAUGAUUAAAAGUGUUGAUAAUUUACCUUAAAUAACAUACAUAAAAAAAGUGAUGAGAAGUGAUGAACUUACCAAAAGAGGAUCAGACACUUGCAAGGAUGAGUGUGUAUUGAGGAGCAGGGCUAUUGUGUGACCUGUCUCUGUGGUGUUGGUCUGCUGAAUGAACUCCUCCUCAUAGUUUAUGUACACUACAUGGGGAGUGGGGCUUCAAGACAGGGGAACCCUGCUAAAGU